AUGAGUAGAUUCGAUCAGAAUCCGUUCGAUGAGGAAACGGACAAUAAUCCCUAUUCUCAAUCGGGUCGGCAAGUCGGCGGUUCGUUCUUCGAUAGCCAACGGUCUGGCAUCCCCAUGACCAGCAUGAGCGACAGGCCCUCACCUCUGCCUCCAGAAAGCCGCAGCGGAUCCACUUUCGACGUGACCUCUGAUGUUCAGUUCAGCCCGCGGGCACUGAAGAAGAAACAGAAAGAGUUGCAAAAUCGAGAAGCUAUGCUGAGGAAAAAGGAGGAGGAGCUAUCGAAGAGGGAAGCAUCGCUUGGGAUCAUGACCAAGAAUUUUCCACCAUUCUUCCCCUUAAUCCGUAACAACAUCAAGGAGGAUGUGCCGGACUAUCUACAAGGCUUAAUGUACCUUGGCUUUUGGGUCUGGAUGGGAGCAAUGGGGUCGCUUUUCUACAAUCUCAUCCCCAUUACAGCAGCAUGGAUUGGUGGCGCUUAUGAGAACUCUUCUGGAUUUGGAAACUUCUUCAUGGCGUUGCUUUACUUCAUUGUUGGGGUCCCGGGCUCCUAUUUCUUUUGGUACUCACGGUUGUACUAUGCCAUGCGCAAGGACAGUGGUGUUGGCAUGGCUUUCUUCUUCUGUGGAUUCAUGACCCACAUCAUCUUCUUCAUAUUCGCUGCUGUAUCUCCUCCAUUUACAAUUGGCACUGCUUUUCAAGGAAGCUCAUUUGCAGGUGUCAUCUCAACCAUCAAUGUCUUCACACAUGGAUGGACCGUCAUUGGGAUAUUUUAUUCCGUUGGUGCUGUUCUCUUCGUGGCGGAGGCCUUUUUCAGCUUCAUCCUCAUCAUAAGAUCUUAUGCCUACUUCCGUGGUACCGGUGCUAUCGUCAAAAUGAAGCAAGAAGCUGCUCGAGCUGCUGCUGGAAACACAGCUGGUGUUUGA